UUCAGAAUGAGGCACACCUAUGUCAUCAUCAUUACUGAAGAAAAUGAUGUGAAGUAGACAAGUCUUAUAUUGGUGAAUCUGCUACAUUCAGAAUAUCAGCAUAACAUCAAGAACAUGCAGUCAGCUCAGGGGAACUUUUUUAUAUCUGAAAACCCAUUUCAAUAAUCAAGAUGGCUCAGGCGAGGUGGAUUGGAACGUUUCCUAUCGGGCGAUUGAAACCAUUCCUGGAGAAAAGCCGUAGUAACAAAGACGUGCUUUCUUUCCUGGUAUCCGAUGGACGCUCCCGGACAUUGAAGGCAUUAAAAACGCCGGACUUACCUACUGAAAACACUGCCUGCUGGCUAGCCAUUAUCGCUAAGGCCCUUAGAUGCGAGACGGACAAGGCGAGUGUGAUAGACCUUCUCACAAUGGUGCUAGGGACUGGGUUCUUCACCAGUGAGAUCACAAACACCUUGUCAAUGUUGACAAGAAACUCGAGUGAGGAUGACAUCAUCCAAUAUAUUCAGAAUUUGGUCGACAUCAUUAAUCAGGUUUUUCUUCGCUUGCCCCAUUCGUUUGCCGAUGUGUUUGGACAUAUUGUUAUUAUAAAGAAAACAACUGACGAAAUGCUGCUUACAACAACUGGUAGUAACAGACAGCGACUGCAAUCAUUGUCAGAUGCGGCAGCAAGUUUGAAAGAUACCGCGUUGAAAAGGAUGUCUGUAUACAACAACGGUCAAAGAAAGUCCAAGUCCGAAUAUAACCCACCACCAGACGAUUUCCGAACUAUUCCGAUAUUGCCUGGAACGUCAGACAUCUUCUUGAAUUCUCGAAAAGUAUAUCUUCGGGAAAAUAAAGCUGUUGGUGGAUAUGAAAAUCUAGAUCAUUAUUUAGACGUUCAAUUUCGUCUCUAUCGAGAAGAUUGCGUCAGUCCGUUACGAGAUGGCAUCAUUGAAUAUGUAAGCGCAGUGAACUCCGGGCAAAAGAUUGGCAGACUUCAAGACGGAAAACUAUACAAGAAGGUAGUCGCUUUGUCUAGGGAAUCAACGUUAGAAGGUGAACAGUACGUCAUAAAACUGGAUAAAGAGCAUGCAGGUAAAUUCAACUGGAUGUCAAGUGUCGAAGGACUAAUCUACGGUUCGUUGGUGUGUCUCUCAAAUGAUGACUUUCGUAAAAUACAUUUUGCAGUAGUUUCAAAUUCAGAUCGCAAAGACCUUCAAAGAAAGCAUGAAUUUUCAGUCGUGUGUCCCUCAAAUGACAUACUUCCUCUUGAAACACCUAUGACAAUGGUGGAGUCAUCAGCCUUCUUUGAAGCAUAUAGACACGUGCUGGCUGGCCUUCAGAACAUAGCGGAGGGGGAACUACCCUUCGAAAAAUAUAUAGUUAGGUGCAGAAAAGAUGUCGACCCUCCAGUUUACUUGGCAAAGAAAGAAACCGAAUAUGAUUUGCAACCAAUUAUUUCGAAUCAGUCAAUAUUUAAAGAAACACAGGCAAGAAGAUAUUUUAGGACAUUUGCUUUGGCAUCAGAUGGAGCAAACAAAGAUUCGGAAAUAAAAUGCAUGGUUGGAACCCUGUCAUCAAUAUCCAAAUGGCCAAAAGCUGAGAAACUUCACUUAGAUCAAUCUCAGUUUGAGGCCUUUCAGGCUGCUCUCACACAGGAGUUUGUCUUGAUACAAGGCCCACCAGGAACAGGUAAAACACAUGUUGGUCUUCAGAUUGCCAAAACACUCCUUCAUAACAAAGCUGCCUGGGCGACAGAUGAGACGAACAUCAAUGGACGGAUAAUAGAUCAGAAAAAAUGUCCCAUGCUUGUUGUAUGCUUUACAAAUCACGCUCUGGAUCAGUUCAUGGAAGGCAUCGUUAAGUUCCUUGAUCCAAAGGCACGAACGUCUUGGAUAAACGAUAUUGUUCGGGUUGGAGGAAGAUGUGAAAACGCCACAAUAGAACAGUUCUCAUUGAAAAACCGUAGACGCUCCUACCGUUUCGGAAGAGUGAAUGGCGUAGAAAUAUUGAAAUACGUGCAGGAGCUGCAGCAAACAAUUGCAAACACCAAAUAUCGCCUAAGAAAAUUAAAGUCUGUCAUAUUGGAUGUGGCUCUCCUGCAACCAGUCAUGUCUGAGCAACAUCAUAUACUCUUUCAAUGGUUGGGAGCUGACGAGAUGAUAUGGCUACAAGGGGCUCAAAGAAAAUACUUCCAGCAGCAGAAUUCGUUUCAUACAUCCCAGGUGGAAGUAGAAAAAUUGAAGAGGCAAACCCAACAAGAGUUAUUGGUUGUUAAGACAGACGCCGAAUUGCUGGAAGAUGACAGGCGUAUUGAAGAUGAUACUGUUGCUAGUCUUACAGUGGACAAGACUAUAGGAUUACAUAUGAAAUCUAUAAUUCCAAAUAUAUGCCAGCAGGAUAAUUCAAAUGACUCCAAUACGCCACAGAUGGACGACAUCUUCAAAACUUUGCUUACACAAGAAGUUACGAAGACUUUUGCCAGACUUAUCACCCAAGGUACAAUGACUGACGAAGAGGCAGAUCUUUGUUCCAAGUUUGACUUACAGAAGUUGGUUUCCUUAUCCCUUAACGAUCGAUGGCGACUGUAUAGGUACUGGGUACAGAAAUACAAGGCCUUGCAGGAGGAAAAGCUUUCUCGUUUAGAAAGGGAACUCGCCGAUGUUCUGAAAGAUUAUGAGAAAGAGAAAAAAGUGGUAGAUGCACUGAUAUUGAAAACUGCAACUGUGAUUGCAAUGACAACUAGUGGAGCAGCACGAUACCAUGGCGUUUUGAAGGACAUAGGACCAAGGAUAGUUAUCGUAGAGGAGGCUGCCGAGGUGCUGGAGACGCAUAUCGUUACUGCUCUCAGUCCAAAGUGUCAACAUCUCAUUUUGAUUGGAGAUCAUAAACAGUUGGAACCAAAACCAACUGUUUACAGAUUGGAGCAACAAUACAAUCUAGGCCUGUCAAUGUUUGAAAGAAUGUUGAAUAAUGGUAUUGAAAACCAUUGCCUGCAACGCCAGCAUAGGAUGAGGCCAGAUAUUUCCUCACUCGUGCGUGAUAUAUACCCAGUGUUAGAAGACAGUGAUAAUGUAUUCAAAUAUGAUCACGUGCUGGGCAUUGAAAAAGACGUCUUCUUCAUCAACCACAAGAGUUCAGAGGACUACGGGGGAGACACAAGAAGCUACUCUAACAAGCACGAGGCUGAGUACGUCGUUGCACUCUGUAGGCACUUGAUGAAACAGGGAUACGCUACCAGCCAGAUCACAAUCCUCGCUGCCUAUUCUGGUCAGAUGUUGCGCAUUAGAAACAUGAUGCCAAGAGAAGAAUUCGAUGGAAUAAGGGCAGUUGCCAUAGACAAUUUCCAAGGAGAAGAAACGGAUAUAAUACUCCUGUCACUAGUCAGAAGCAACAAAACAGGAAAUAUUGGAUUCUUGAAAAGAGAAAAUAGAGUUUGUGUUGCACUUUCAAGGGCUAAAAUGGGUUUGUAUGUCAUCGGGAAUUUCUCCAUGUUUGAAGCUGAAAGUCCUUUGUGGGCUAAAAUCAUUCAGAAAACGAAGUCAGAUCACCAAUUUGGAAAUGCACUCCCCGUCAUAUGUCAAAUUCACCCAGAUAUGCGAACUCCGAUGGCAGUUGCUGCAGAUUUCAUCAGAUCCCCUGAAGGAGGAUGUGACCAAAAGUGUGACUUUCGCCUUCCCUGCGGUCAUGCAUGCAGGCUAUUUUGCCAUCCAAGGGAUAAAAAACAUACUGAAUACAAAUGCAAAGAAAAAUGCAAGAAGACCUGCUCAAAUGGCCACGUCUGUCAGAAAACAUGUCACCUUGAUGAGGAAUGUAAGUGCCCCAUCCAGAUGAUGAAAGACCUUCCGUGUGGACAUGAGGUGUCCAUGAAAUGUCAUAAAUCAACCAAAAAUCACAGAUGUAGAGUGAUUGUGAACCGAACCUUAUCUUGUGGACAUGAGGCGUCAAUGGAAUGUUAUAAAUCAGCGAAAGAUCACAGAUGUAGAGUGAUUGUGAACCGAACAUUAUCUUGUGGACAUGAGGCGUCAAUAGAAUGCCACAUAUCCACUGACACUUACACGUGCAAAGUGAUUGUGAAGAAAACACUACCAUGUGGACAUGAACUGCCAUUGGAAUGUAACAUCAACUCGGAAAGUGUCAGAUGUGAAGAAUUCGUCAACAGAGUAUUAGAACGAUGUGGUCACGAUGCCAGUAUGAAGUGUUUCGUUGAUCCUGCGACGUUCAAAUGUCAAACAAUUGUUACGCGCAUACUGGAGCGAUGCGGUCACGAAGCGACGAUGGAAUGCCAAGUAAACGCCUUGACUUUUAUGUGCAAAAAGAUCGUUACACGGGAGCUACAAGCAUGUGAACACACAGCAGAUCUCGAAUGCUGGGUAGAUUCAACACAAUACAAAUGUACAGUCAUGUUGAGAAAACAUAGAGAAAAGUGUGGGCAUAGUUUUGAUGUCGUAUGUAGCCAAUACUCAUCGUCUUAUGAAAGAGAAAAUCUUUGCACAACGGCCGCUUCAAAAUGUUUCCCUGAAUGUCAGCAUUGGAUAGAUAUCACUUGUCAUAUAGACAUAGCUGACGUCAAAUGCGAAAUUAUCGUUACAAAGCAGUGGGAGUGUUCACACACGGCAGACCUUCCAUGUUGGACCACUUCCACAGCCAAAUGCGAACAGAAGUGCUUGCAAGUGUGUUCCAGGGGACAUACCUGUAUCAGAAUCUGCCAUUAUCCUGCGGAGUGCAUUUGCAAGCGACUUGUUGAUAAAAAAUUACCGAACUGUAGUCAUAUUCUGAAAAUGGAAUGUCACAAGGAUCCAGGUACAGUAUUAUGUCCUAAAAAUGUCAUGAAGGAACUUCCCCACUGUGGACACGCGAAGGAGAUGCCAUGUCAUGAAGAUCCAAACAAAGCUAUCUGCGAUCAUCUGGUAAAAAAGGCCUUAAUUCCUUGUGGGCAUAUAAAGAAAAUGAAAUGUUCCGAAGAUGUUUCAGAUAUAAAAUGCAUUGAAAUGGUCUCAAAAUGCAUUGAUCUGUGUGGACAUUCACAACUUAUGCCGUGUUCUACGGAUCCCUGCAGUGUUAAAUGCACUUCGCUGGUUGACAAAGUUCUUCCCAAAUGUGGACAUACCAGGGGAAUGAAAUGUUUGGUUGAUCCAACUUAUCUCAAAUGCGACAAAAAAGUUCUGAAAGAACUUCCAUGUGGUCAUGAGAUUAAGAUGAAAUGCUGCGAAUCACCGAAUAAAUCAAUUCCCUGUCGUGUUACGGUGCAAAUGUCUAGACGAACAUGUAAUCAUACAGUAGGCAUUGAAUGUUCAAAAAAGAACAGAAUCGACCCGGAUGAGUUAAAAUGCUACAAACUGACACAACAACAACAAGUGUGUGGACACGAGAAGUCCGUAGAAUGUUGGAAGUCCAAUAUACAAAGGCCAUGCGAUCAAAAAUGCAGUGUAACCCUUUUAUGUGGACACCCUUGUUGCGGGAAGUGUAAAAAAUGUUCAGAAAGUCUGUUCCACGAGACUUGCAAAAAGUCUUGUAGCAAAGAUCUUAUUUGUGGUCACUCCUGUAGCAACAGGAAAUGUGGUUCCUGUCUGCCAUGCAACAUGCAGUGUGAGAACUACUGUCCACAUCGUCGCUGCAACCAUGCAUGUGGAACUAGAUGUCAACCUUGUAAGGAGAAGUGCUCUCUAGCCUGUCCGCAUCACCAAUGUUCUCGGUUGUGCUCCGAGCAAUGCGAUCGACCGCGAUGUAACCUUCGAUGCCCCAAGAUCCUCAACUGUCAACAUAGAUGCAUGGGUUAUUGUGGUGAUCCGUGCCCUACGUCCUGUUUCACUUGUGGAAUCAAUGACGACCCGAAGGUCAACUGUAGAAAUGUCCCUUCACAUGACACGCGCUUCGUUCGAUUAGUUGACUGUGGACACGAGUUCCAAUCCAGCUAUUUAGACAAGAUUGUAGAUCGGAAAGGGGAUGCUUUAGAAGUUUUCAGAUGUCCAAAAUGUAAGAAAACAGUUCGAUGGCACCCAAGAUAUGUUACGGUCAUGCAAACACAACGGGAAGCAAUAGAUUCUGUAAAAACCUCGCUCAACUUUCACGAGUGGCAAUCAAAAGUAUCUUUUUCAAAGGCGACUGGAAGUGAUGUCAGUCAAAUCAAUGUGUAUAUUACCAGAUUUCGCACAUACUUGUAUAUCCAGCAGCGACUGCGUCUCGGGAUGAUUAAUACCAAUUUGCUCGUCCAAUGGGCUGUUUCAUUUACGGACGUGUUUGGGGUGUUCCUGAACAAUUCCCGCCGUGAGGUCGAAGUGACUUUAGAACAGCUACAUUGUAUCAAUCGAAACAUGUGUAAGCUGUCGGCAGUUUGGCUUCUGCUUAUCGGCAGUCAGUCUGGGGACAGAUCUGCUUCUGGUGAGUUAUUAGGAAUCGGGACCAAUGAACAAUCCUCGGACGACCACCGGAUGGAAAGCAACACGGAGGAAGAAAAGACCUUAAGUAAGAUGGAGAACUUUAUCAGGAAAACGCAAACGUUUUCAACUUCAGAUCUACAAACAGUGCUGGAAAAGCUGGAGCCAUUUAUAACAAAUUCAUCAGAAGCAACCGUUGCAUUUGAUUUCCCAAUUUUGGAAGCUUUUGGGAUUCACAAAGACGACUGGAUUAUCUGUGACAACGGUCAUCCUAGACCGUCAAACAUAUGGAGGAAGACGUGCUCUAAGUGUCCCAAUACGACCCUUUCAAUACAGCAUGCACUGGACGAGGGCGACGCUAGAAGAGCAGAUGGAUAUGGAAGCGGUCAAACCCGAGGAAAUGGUCGUGGAAGGGGUCAAAAUCGUCUGAGAGGCACAGGGCGCGGAGGUCAUGGUGAACACGCGAGGAGCUUUGAAAGUUUGACGCAAAAUCCAAUCACAACAGUUAAAAACAAAAACCCUGUCAAACAAUCUAAACAAAAACAGCAUGAAGACAGGCCAGGGAGGAAUCCUAACAUUACAAGAGGAGGACGUGGCGGGCGAGGAAAUGGAGGGCGAGGGCGAGGGCGUGGAGGGCGAGGAUGUGGGCAUGGUGGUGAGAAUGGUGGUGGCGAAGGGAUCAAAGAAGAUAGAGGUAAAAGGACAUGCCAAGGCAAUGAUAAUGAGAGUGAAAAGCAUCGCAGAGGGAGUGUAGAAAGACAGGACGAGAGUAUAAAAAGAGUGCGCAGUGAGGUGGUUAAAGGAGUAAAAAUACAAAACAAAGUGCGUGGUAAAGAGAGUAAUAGGGAAAGUGGAAGAGAAAAUUCUAAAACAGGUCAUGGUAGUGGUGAAGUAGUUGGGACACGCGAUGAGAGUAGUAAACGAGCUUGUGGUAGAAAGAACAAAGAAAGUGAGGGAAGCAUAAGCAGUACAAGGGGUGGAAGGCGUGGUGGAGGAAAUACGGGAAUAGAUAGUAAAGGAACUGGCGAAGAGGGUAAUGCAUGCAGUGAAGAUGAGCGUGCUGAUUACAGUAAUAGAGGGCGUGGCGGUGGUCUUGGCGGUGGGCGUGGGAGAGGACAUAGCGUCGGGCGUGGCGGUGGGCGUGGCGGUGGGCGAGGCGGUGGGCGUGGCGGUGGGCGUGGCAGCUGGCGUGGCGAUGGGCGUGACGACGGGAUUGCUGGUGGAAGUGGUGGUGGAAGUGACGUUGGAAGUGGUGGAAGUAGCAGUUGGCGUAAAGGUGCAAGUGGCACUGGGUGUGGCAGUGGGCAUGAUGGUGGCCGUGGCAGAUGGCGUGGCGAUGGGCGUGACUACGGAAGUGGUGGUGGUAGUGCUGGUGGAAGUGGUGGUGGAAGAGGCGUUGGAAGUGAUGGAAGUAGCAGUUGGCGUAAAGGUGCAAGUGGCACUGGGUGUGGCAGUGGGCAUGAUGGUGGGCGUGGCGGUAGAAGUGACGGUGGGCGUGACAGAGGGCGUGGCGUUGGGCGUGGUAAAGGAGGGACUGCAGGAAAAGGAGCAGAGAGUGGUGGAGGCAGUAAAAGAGGACGUGGGGGCGGCGGUGCCUCAGGAAGUAGCGCUGGACGUGGCGGCAGAUGAGGACGUUGUGUAAGUAGCAGUUGAUGGAGUUCGAAAAUGAAUUGGGCUGACAAACUUGACAGGGGACUAGGUUAUGAAAUUGGAGUUAUAAACAAGAAAACAUCACCGAGUAUUGCUUGCAGAACUUUGCUAAAGGAAAAGAGAAGUGUGUGAUUAAUGAAGUGAGGAAGUGCACCUAGGUAAUGCAAUGUUAAAAAGAGAGAUUGGGGAGUAAGGAAAUGCUGGAACGUUCAGUGAUGACGAAAAUAACGGAUGAAGUAUAAAGCAUAUAGCAUGGGAGAAUAGUUAGAGGAGAUAGCAGAGGAAUGGGUUCUAGGGUUGUUCAGGAAUACUGAGUAAAGGGUGGAGACGGAAUAGUAUAAUUGGGAUAUAAUAGUAAAGAGAAAAACAGAACAUUGUACUAAAGACGCUCAAUAUGAACAUAUUGCGUUAUUUGUUGUUUACUUUGUUAUAAUGUUCAAGUUGUAGAUUUUCUUUGGUUUAGUAUGUAGACUUACCUUAUACAAACACUCUAAUGUAAAUGUACUCAUCUAUAAAAUAUGUUUUGAAAAUGGUAUUUGUAUUAACAUGAUAUGCAAAUAUACCACGCUAAUACUGAACUAAAAUGUAUAUGAAUUUGCAAUCUAUCCCAUUUUGUAUCUGUGGAAAUGUCACAAUUUCUUAUCAAUACUGAUUUGUUUAUUCAGUGAUAAGUUGAUUAAAAGUUAGUGAUAAUAUUUACCCCAUCAGGGCCCAUGAGAAAAUAAAUACCAUCGUACGCAUGAGGUAUUUAUAUCUUUAUGAUUUCUCUUUCACUUUCACUUUCACUGAAAGUGAUGCACCUUUUUGUAGAUGAAAUAUUGACCUUAAUUUAUCUCAUAUCGGUGUGUUUGUAUUACAAUAUAUGAAUGAUAAAGCGAGUGUUAAUUGAAUAACCUCCUGAUUUUUCAGUAUAGAAAGAGUUGACCUAAUUGAUAUACAUAUGUAUUUCAAUAUAGACAGACUUAACUUAGUUUAGAGUUCGUGGAAUAGAAAACGUUUACGUAUACUUAUAAUCGUUUGGUGUAGGAAUAUAGUUACGGCAAACUAAUUCAUUUUGAACUAUGUUUUUAUUGAAUUAUAUAGUUAAUGUUUCUCAUCAGAGAGACAAAGUUUAACAGGUGUUCGAUUUUUGAAAAAGCAGACCUACUUUAAUCUUUGUUCUCCCAUUUCCCUGAUAAAAACUUUGGUGCCAACUUUGUCCUCCCUUACCCCCUGAUAAUACUUUGGGGCCAUCUUUGUCCUCCUUUACCCCUGAUAAUACUUUGGUGCCAUCUUUGUCAUCCCUUACCCCCUGAUAAUACUUUGGUGCCAUCUUUGUCCUCCUUUACCCCUGAUAAUACUUUGGUGCCAUCUUUGUCAUCCUUUACCCCUGAUAAUACUUUGAUGCCAUCUUUGUCCUCCUUUACCCCUGAUAAUACUUUGGUGCCAUCUUUGUCAUCCCUUACCCCUGAUAAUACUUUGGGGCCAUCUUUGUCCUCCCUUACCCCUGAUAAUACUUUGGUGCCAUCUUUGUCCUCCAUUACCCGAUAAUACUUUGGGGCCAUCAUUGUCCUCCUGUACCCCUGAUAAUACUUUGGUGCCAUCUUUGUCCUCCCUUACCCCUGAUAAUACGAUGGUGCCAUCUUUGUCAUCCCUUACCCCUGAUAAUACUUUGGUGCCAUCUUUGUCCUCCUUUACCCCUGAUAAUACUUUGGUGCCAUCUUUGACCUCGCUUACCCCUGAUAAUACUUUGGUGCCAUAUUUGUCCUCUUCACCCCUGAUAAUACUUUGGUGCCAUCUUUGACCUCGCUUACCCCUGAUAAUACUUUGGUGCCAUAUUUGUCCUCUUCACCCCUGAUAAUACUUUGGUGCCAUCUUUGACCUCGCUUACCCCUGAUAAUACUUUGGUGCCAUAUUUGUCCUCUUCACCCCGGAUAAUACUUUGGUGCCAUCUUUGUCCUCUUCACUCCUGAUAAUACUUUGGGGCCAUCUUUGUCCUCCCUUACCCUUGAUAAUACUUUGGUGCCAUCUGUGUCCUCCCUUACCCUUGAUAAUACUUUGGUGCCAUCUUUGUCCUCCAUUACCCUUGAUAAUACUUUGGUGCCAUCUUUGUCCUCCCUUACCCUUGAUAAUACUUUGGUGCCAUCUUUGUCCUCACUUAUCCUUGAUAAUACUUUGGUGCCAUCUUUGUCCUCCCUUACCCCUGAUAAUACUUUGGUGGCAUCUUUGUCCUCCCUUAUCCUUGAUAAUACUUUGGUGCCAUCUUUGUCCCCCUGUACCCCUGAUAAUACUUUGGUGCCAUCUUUGUCCUCUUCACUCCUGAUAAUACUUUGGUGCCAUCUUUGUUCUCCCUUACCCCUGAUAAUACUUUGGUGCCAUCUUUGUCAUCCCUUACCCCUGAUAAUACUUUGGUGCCAUCUUUGUCCUCCCUUACCCCUGAUAAUACUUUGGGGCCAUCUUUUUCCCCCUGUACCCCUGAUAAUACUUUGGUGCCAUCUCUGUCCUCCCUUACCCCUGAUAAUACUUUGGGGCCAUCUUUGUCCUCUUCACCCCUGAUAAUACUUUGGUGCCAUCUCUGUCCUCCCUUACCCCUGAUAAUACGUUGGGGCCAUCUUUGUCAUCCCUUACCCCUGAUAAUACUUUGGUGCCAUCUUUGUCCUCCCUUACCCCUGAUAAUACUUUGGUGCCAUCUCUGUCCUCCCUUACCCCUGAUAAUACUUUGGGGCCAUCUUUGUCCUCCCUUACCCCUGAUAAUACUUUGGUGCCAUCUUUGUCCUCCAUUACCCCUGAUGAUACUUUGGUGCCAGCUUUGUCCUCCAUUACCCGAUAAUACUUUGGUGCCAUCUUUGUCCUCCCUUACCCCUGAUAAUACUUUGGUGCCAUCUUUGUCCUCCAUUACCCGAUAAUACUUUGGUGCCAUCUUUGUCCUCCAUUACCCGAUAAUACUUCGGUGCCCUCUUUGUCCUCCCUUUCCCCUAAUAAUGCUUUGGUGCCAUCUUUGAUCUCCCUUACACCUGACAAAUCUAGAACCAAGAACAGUAGCCUUGCAUGUCCCGAUAUUUGAAAUGUUAACCUGUGCAUGUGAUUGUAUUUCCAUGUAAGUUUCAGCAUUGUGUAUCAUUUAUUUUAAGAUUUUCGUGCUAAAAGCAUUCUGCUCAAUUAUGAUCACGCCAACAAUGUUUUUUUAAAUAUCAUUCUCUACUGCAAAUACUUAGUGUAACAAUUUGUCAUUGCAUAUUCUAUUUAAAUUGGGCUAACUUUGUUUGGUCAAAAUAGAAACAAAAUGUACCUACAUAUGUAUAAAAUAUUACUUGUGACUGAAAUAGUAACAUGACAUUUUUUGAUGAAGGGUUUCAAUUUCAUUUAUUCCAUAAAUUGUAAGAUAUAAAAUAUUGUAAAUAGUGUUUUAACAUGGUCUGUAAUAAAUAUACAUUAUGCAACUAUACGCAUGUACAUGUAUAUACAAGAUACAUAUAUAUGUAAAGUUUAUUUAAUUUAAUGCAUUGUAUAGGUAUAUUUUUGAAUGUGGAGAAUCCAGUUUGUUCCUUU